AUGACUUCACGCGGAAAGGACUCUUCCAGCACCUCGUCUCACGAUGGUAGAGCUCUAUUGGCUCAUUCUGAAAUGAGUUCGUUUUACGAAUUCAUUUUGAAGAAGCAACAAGAGGGCUCAGGUGAGAGACAGUUAUUUUGCAGGCUUUACGAUGGCAUUGCUGAAUGGGCACUAACAAGUGCGUGCACGAAUAACAGCAGUUCCGCUGGUAAAGUCGAGAAACGGGAGCGGCGUGAGGUCCUUCUAGAAAGCACUUUGGCCCUUGGUGGGUUCACUCAGCCCGAACCAUUUCUGCAGCUGUUUAAACCCCUAGCCAAAACCAAGGAUGGGUUUCUUGAUAGAAUUUUGAUAUGUUCAAUAAAACCUCGCUUGUUACUCGAAGAAGAAGUGGAACAAUGGUGUGAAAAACUGGAAGAAUACACUACACAAGAGUUCUCCGGCGUAUAUAAGACAAUAUUCGACAAGCAUGAGAACGGUGUCGAGUAUUGUUACUCACCUGAGGCAAAAGAGAAGUAUACUGAGUACGCCAAUAAUCUCUCCAAGAAUAUGAAUGCCCAGUGGGAUGAAGAAAGCAUUUGUACGGAGAACUUUUCCAAGGACAAAAAAAAUUUUAUAAGGAUAUCAUGCGUUCUCCACGUCCUCUUGUCUGUCCUCAGUCAUUUUAUUGACAAUGAGAAAGACGGCGAAGAAUGUGAUAUUGAAAAGGAGAUUCCGCGAAACAUAUUAAGUAUUGCAGAGGCAGUCAUGGAAUAUUUUGGAGAUCAGCGAAAGGCCUUUAUGACGUUGAUAAAACCUGUUUCCAAGGAAAACUCCCGUUCAUCAUCAACAAUUCCGGAUGAUACAGGAUCAUCGUCUUCCAGCGAAAUCAUAAAUGCAUUCGGGCAGUGGUUUGUGGGCAGGUGUAAAGACUAUUCCGAAGAAUGUAUCAGUAAAUUUGCCAGAGAAAAGAAAAAGGCGGGUGAUAAGGAGCCUAGCAGUAUCGCUAUACGGAUAGAAAGCAUUCCGGACGAUGGUGGUCAGCCAAUCAUAGUAGACAAAAGCGAACUAAAAAAAGCAGUCGUGAAAGAAGGAGGGCAGGAUCGAGACACAUCUUAUUUCUUAAAUCAGGACGGAAAAAAAAAAAGGCUGGUUGUUUGUCAAUUCCAUUGGCAUCGUUCACAGCACCCCUGA